AUGCAGGUGCAGUGGCACAUCGCGACGGAGGCUGCCAAGGGGUUAUACUACCUCCACCAUGACUGUUCACUGCUCAUCCACCACCGCAACAUCAAGUCCAACAACAUCCUCAUCGACUCCAACUUCGAGGCGCACGUCGCCGACUUCGACCACGCCAAAUUCCUGCAUGACCCUGGCGCCUCCGAGUGCAUCUCCUCCAUCACCGGUUCCUACGGCUACAUCGCCCUCGAAUACGCAUACAUGCUGCGAGUGGACGAGAAGAGCGACGUGUACAACUUUGGCAUGGUGCUGCUUGAGCUGAUCACAGGGCAACAGUCGGUGGGAGGCUUAGGUGAUGGCGUGGACAUUGUGAGAUGGGCGUGGAAGACGGUAUUGGGAGUGAAAGAGGAUACUGAUUUAGCAGCCGUUAUGGCGAUUGUGGACAACAGGCUGACUCCAAGUCCGGCGGAGCUGAUCACCAAUUUGUUCAAGGUGGCGAUGCUCUGUGUGGAGGAGCAAAGCACUGAACGGUCGACGAUGAGGGAGGUGGUCCACAUGCUCUCUGAUCUCGACGCCGCUGCCCGCUAG